CGUCGGAUGAUCCAUGGCUUCAAGGGUUUUCUCUCGGUCUGUGAGGGGCUCCUUCCGUUACCGCCUCCUUGAUGGAGUCGUGCUUCGACGGCUUUCAAGGGAACCCGCUGCAGGUUCCGCCAUUCUUCCCUUGAACAAGUCUGCUCCUUUGCACUCAAACUUAUGGUUGAGUAGAUCAAUUGCCACAACUACAUUACAAAGAUUUGGUUUCUCAUCAGCUGCAUAUCCUCAGCCGAUUGAUGAAACAAACCUAUAUGAUACAUUAGAAUUUGGAAACAGUAGUGAUAUCGAAAUAUCUCCUGAUCCUGAACUUUCCAGGGAUGAAUUAGUUAAGUUAAUAGUUGAAAAGGAAAAAUUAAAUCAGUUGAAGGUCAAAGAACUCGAAGAGGUGCAGGAUAAAGUUUUACGCUGCCAUGCUGAAAUCGAGAAUAUCAUAGAAAGAAAAAAGCGCGAAGCUGAGAACUCCAGGAAGUUUUCGAUUCAGAGCUUUGUUAUGAGCCUCUUGGACGUGGCCGACAAUCUGACAAGGGCUUCGUCCGUCGUCAAGGAGAGCUUCACCAAACUAGACACAUCCAAAUGCUCCACUGAAGUUGUGCCACUUCUUAAAACUUUACUCCUGGGUGUCGAACUGACAGAUAAACAGCUUUCUGAGGCAAGUUCGGUUGCCUGCCUUUUCAAGACUGCUACUGAUCUUCCAUUUGUUUGUCCAUUGUGCUCAUGA